GGUUUUCCCUGUGUGUUGUAUUGUUUCCGGCUUUCCGCUGUCUUCACGUUAACGUUGUAAUAUUACUGUGGAUUUUGCAUCGAUCCGGACGGAUCCAGCUGUCGUUUCCAUCACAUUUCUGGCCGUCAGGAUGAUCCCGACCGAAGACGCGUCCGCUCGCAAGCGGGAGAUCGAGGACAAACUCAAACAGGAACAAGAAACUCUGUCUUUCAUUCGUGAAAGCCUGGAGAAGAGUGAUCAGCUCACUAAAGGAAUGGUGUCCAUCCUGUCCUCGUUCGAGAGCCGUCUGAUGCAGCUGGAGAACUCCAUCAUCCCGGUUCAUAAGCAGACGGAGAAUCUGCAGCGUCUGCAGGAGAACGUGGACAAAACUCUCUCCUGCUUGGAUCACGUCAUCAGUUAUUAUCACGUGGCCAAAGACACCGACAAGAUCAUCCGGGAAGGGCCUGCAGGUCGUCUGGACGAGUAUCUGGCCUGCAUUGCAAAGAUCCAGAAAGCCGUGGAGUAUUUUCAGGACAACAAUCCCGACAGUCCCGAGCUCAACACAGUGAAAGCUCGCUUCGAGAAGGGGAAGGAGCUGCUGGAGGCGGAGUUUCGCAGCCUGCUGAUGCGCUACAGCAAACCGGUGCCGCCCAUCCUCAUCCUGGACACCAUCGGAGGAGACGAGGACAUGGAGGUGCAGGAGGACGUGACGCUGGAGCACCUGCCCGAAGCCGUCAUGCAGGACAUCAUCUGCAUCUCUGCCUGGCUGGUGGAGUACGGACGCAACCAAGACUUCAUGAACGUGUAUUUCCAGGUCCGGUCCAGUCAGCUGGAUCGGUCCAUUAAGGGUCUGAAGGAGCAUUUCCGUAAGAACAGCGCCACCUCUGCCAUCCACUCACCCGCCAUACAGACCAAACGCAAGGAGACGCCCACCAAGAAGCCUCCCAAAAGACCAGUCUGCAUCCCAGGUAAAGUCACAGCUGUGUUUGUGACGUGUCCAUCGCUUGUUUCUGUUUGCAGAGCCAGUUAUUAUCCCAUUAUAUACACACACACACAUAUACGCACAGGUUUCAGAUGCCCUUCCUCUUCCUCUUCCUCAUGGUGUCUUCCUCUGUUUUCCUCCUGCGAUCCCUGCGACUCUCCCACUAAGGCUCAGAAUCUGCUCAAACAAUACUCUCAGCAUGGCCUGGAUGGAAAAAAGGGUUCUAACCUCACUCCUCUAGAAGGUUUCGAACAUGACCUGCGUGGGGUUAAGCACCUGUCUGACGACAAGCAUGGGGCGGCUGCAGGUGAGUCUGACCUCAGAGAUCACAACAACAAACAGGAUUCACAGUGUUUGUCGCUGCAGGAAGCGCUGGAUAAUCUGAUGCUGGAGGGCGAUAACAUCAUCUCCGCGGCGCGUCGAGCCAUCAUGAGACACGAUUACUCCGCUGUGCUGACCAUCUUCCCCAUCCUGCGCCACCUCAAGCAGACCAAACCAGACUUUGAUGCCACGCUACAGGGAACGGCUGCCAGCACCAAGAACAAGCUCCCAGCUCUCAUCACCUCUAUGGAGACCAUCGGAGCUAAAGCGCUGGAGGAGUUUGCUGACAGUAUUAAGAACGAUCCUGAUAAAGAGUACAACAUGCCGAAAGACGGAACCGUACAUGAGCUCACAAGCAAUGCCAUCCUGUUCCUGCAGCAGCUGCUGGAUUUCCAGGAAACAGCAGGAGCGAUGCUGGCCUCUCAGGUACUCGGGGACACUUACAAUAUUCCUUUAGACCCCCGAGGUAAGCGCUCGAGCGGACGAUGUGCCGCUGUGUUCGCAGAUAAAGUCCUCGGUAACCUGCAGCUGAAUCUGUCCAACAAAGCUAAAGUGUAUGAAGAUCCGGCCCUGCGUGCCGUCUUCCUUCACAACAACUACAACUACAUCCUCAAAUCCCUGGAGAAGUCUGAGCUGAUUCAGCUGGUCGCUGUGACCCAUAAGAAGGUGGAGGGUUUGUACAGAGAGCUCAUCGAGCAGGAGAUCCAGAAUUACCAGCGCAGCUGGCUGAAGGUCACAGAGCAUCUGACUGAGAGAAACAUCCCAGCAUUCCAGCCUGGAACCAAACUCAAAGACAAGGAACGACAGAUCAUCAAGGACAAAUUCAAGGGUUUUAAUGAUGGUCUGGAGGAGCUGUGUAAGAUCCAGCAGGGCUGGGCGGUUCCUGAUAAAGGGCAGCGUGAUGCCAUCCGACAGGCUCAGAAGAGAGUGGUUUCAGAGGCGUACAGAGCCUUCCUUCAGCGAUGCGCAAAUAUUUCAUUCACCAAAAAUCCAGAGAAAUAUCACCGAUACUCACCGGAGCAGGUGGAGGAGAUGAUUGACAAGCUCUUCGACACUUCCGCCUAGGCCACGCCCACUCCAUCACCAUAGCAACGGAGUCUGUGGUUUCCUUGGCGACAAACAUGCUACUUUGUCCUGUAAGACGUCUGCUUCAUCAAUCACACACUACACAACAUGGAACGUCUUUGUUCGUUUUUGCUUGCUUUUUGUACAAAUGUAUUUAUGUAGGCCUAUAUGUUUUUUGGGGAUUUAACUGCAGUAAAUAAAGAGAAUUCACUCCUGAAACCUCAGCUUCA